AUAACCAAAAAUCAAACCUGCUCUGCUGAUCACCAAAAAAUUGACUGAUAAACAAGCUCGGCCUCCAUUUCAUUGCAAAAGGGGGAAAAUGGAGAGAGCUAGGAUUCUCAGAUUGAGAUUGGGAAUUUGAGGUGGAUCUGCAAUUGAAAACUCCGUGAUACGAAUUUGGGAGCUGGUUGGAUCGAAUCAAAUUCGAUUUUCCAAAAUCUAGAAAGUAAGGUCAGAAUUUCAGCUGUUCCUCCCGAGAGACAAAUCUGUUCUUGUAAAUUUUGAAUUUCGAAUCUUUGGUAUGAAAAUUUGGAAAGAUCGAAACAAAGAGAGGCAAUUUUUAGGUGUUACGCUUUGGAUGAACAGCUGUUGGUAGGUGGGUAACCUCAUUUGAGCUCAAUUCUGAAUUGCAAGGUACCUGAAACCCACAAGAACACUCUUUUCGGCGAUGCACUGAAUUUGUAGCUUAAUUUUCUAAGAAUUCAUCUUUCAUUUGUAUUAUAAUCCACAAAUAAAAUAUGCAUGCCCGGCAUCGCAAUCCUGGAAAUGGGUACAGGUCCAAUUCCAUGGGUAUGGGGAUGGGCAUGGCUCCCAAUUCUCGGAUCUCCCCAGAGACUUCUCUGAGGGGCCAUAGUUUUUACAACUCCGAACACCGAAACUUCAAUCGCGGUUUUGGCCGCCCCAAAUCUUUCCAGCCACCUCCAGCUCCGCCGCCUCCGCCACCGCCUCCAGCUCCGCCCCGCAAAGGCGACAUCUUUAUGGAAGCGGGGCGCCUUGCCGCUGAGUAUUUGGUAUCUCAGGGGCUGCUGCCUCCGAAUGCGCUCCCCGCCAAAUGGCAGAACACUAGUUUAAAGAAGCAAGUGGGGGAGUUUCAGGAGGCUGACCAUUUGCAAAUUGCAUCAGAAGGCCGGACUUCGGCUCUUGCUCGGUUGGGGAAUUCGGUUUCGGAUGGAGGGUCAAGAAGGGGAAGGUUUGGUGUUGAUGAAUUUCGGGGUGGUUAUGGCUGGGAUUGGGGACGAGACUAUGGCAGGAGUGGUUCAUUCUCGGAUAGACAUAGUAGGGCUUCCUCUGAUAGGGAGGGUGAUGAAGGUUCUGUUUCUGGACACCAUGAGGAGCAGAAGCUCAGUAAAGAUGCUGGUAAUAAUGCAUUGCAACAAAACUCCAGUCCAAGCGAGUUGAGGCCCAAGAGUGAGGAUGCAGUGGAUUCGGAAUCUAAAUUGAACAAGGGCCGAUACCCAGAUGAUGAUAUGAGUUCAAAACCAAGUUCUUCUGGAGCUUGGAAAGAUGGUCCAAAUGAAACUGAUGAAGUUGGUGAGGAACCUGCCAAGGUAUCGGAUAAAGAGAUGAAGGAUCAAGAUUGUGCCAACAAUGAGGAAAUUGAGAAACAAAGUGUUUCGGAGAACUUACUGAUGCAGCUUGGUGCUGCAGAAGCUGAGGGUGAGGGUGAUUCCUCAGGCAAGAAUGGGACUGACUUGCUAACACUCUGCAAAUUUGCCAAGGUGCCCACUAGAAUCCGCUCAUCAUUGACGCAUAGGGGUCCAAAGGUUGAUGAUCCACUUCCAAAUACCCAAGAGGGGACCACCUCUGACGCUGGCGUCGAACACAAAGAAUGUCAAGCUUUAGUUAAAAACGGUUCCGUUGAUGUUUCUUUAGGUACCACACUAUUAGAUAAAACUCAUUAUGAUAAUUGUCUCAACCCUGAAACCUCUAAAGCUCAGUCCAGUCAUUCUGCUGAAAAUUUGGUAGAAUCAGGUCCUGAAUAUGGUAGUAUUGAGCAGAACAGAUAUGCAAGGUCCCAGUCUUUGCCAGGUAGAGCUUUUGUAAAUGUGCAAGAAUCAACUCAGGGACCUGUAGGGCUUAGGAGUUCCAGCUUUGUAGUUAAGGAAAGGGGUGAAAAAAGGGUUUUGGAAGAACAUGAUCAGCUGGAGGAAGCCAAAAAACCAAGACAAUGGCUUCCUUACAUGGUUACAGAGGCAGAUGAUUGUUUCGAGCUUUCAAACUUGACUGAAAAGAAAGUAAAUUCACUGGAAGAAAACGAUUCUGGUGAGAGAUUGAUUAUAGCUCUUGAUCAGGAGAGCUCGGUGAUGAAUGAAUCCCAAUCCCAAAAAGAUGGAGGUGAAGCCUGCAUCGAGUUUGUGCAAGAAAAGAAGCCGUUUCAGAAUUCAUUCAAGAUCUGCGACCUUAAUCUCAUGCAGGUUUGUGAUGCACAUGAGAAUCGUGAUACUGAUCCUAUAAUAGAUUAUCGGGCUAAUUCUGGAAUGAAGAAAAAAGUAGCUCCUGUUGAUGUUGACUUAUCAAUGAAUAACUCCAAUGUGUCUGGUGAGAACAGUAGACACACUGUCGAUGUUAAAGAGAUUGAAGUCAUUGAUUUAGAAAAUGACUCUAUCCAAGAAAACAAGGCCUUCGAUGAUGCAGAAAGAAAGCCACAGACUGAAUUUACUCCUCUGGAGGGCUUUCCUAACCAUGCACAGAAUACUAGUGAUAUCCCUGAUGUUCAAGAUGGUUAUGGACUUAUGAUCUCGGAAUUGCUGGGAAACGAUUUCCCAAAUUGUUCUUCAGUACCAGAGGAUCUUAAUUCAAUGCAUAACGAAAUUGGCCUUCAUAAUGGAGAGGAGACUCUUGCCGACGAUGAUGCAAUAUAUAUGGCUCUUGGAGAAAUACCAUUAACCUUUUUGAGGCCCUGGGAGCAGCCAACCCCGCAGGAGUAUGAGAAGCCCUUUUGAUCCAGCCAAUCAUAAAAUUUCUCAGAUGUAUAAUUCGGUAUGCUUAGUGUUGGUCAUUGUGGUUUCUUUUGUCCUAUCACUAGCUCUAUUAAGUGGCAACCUUGCUUUGAUUGAUUGUUUUUUUCUUUUUUUCACUUAUUAAGGGUACAAGUAAAUCUCUUCCUCUUGUAGGAUGUUUAAGGAUGUUGAAUAAUUUUAAUUCUCUGUUACACCUUGUUCUUACGUGAAACAUGUUAAUCAUGUUGAUCGGCAGUAGUGGUUGCCAUCUGUUACUUGUCUGUUUUCGGUUUCUCAGUAACUUAACACAUAGAUCUUACACUUUGUUCA